UCCGCGUCUGGGCGGGAAAUGGAAGUAUAAAGUUUGUGUGUUUUCCUCGACCUAGGGAAGGCUUUCGUUUCGUCCCUCUUUUAUUUUCGAGAGAGAAGUUCUAGGCGCUCAUCAGGGUUCUAGCGAUGAAGGGAAUCAACAGCGUCGUGUCAGCGCCAGCGAUUGUCCCAGCGACGAAGGACAGCAAGCGAAAGCCAGCCGCGGCGUCCAAAGAGAAGAAGCCGAAGAAGGCCAAGGGGGUCGCCGCCAAGAAAGAUCCAAAUCUCCCAAAGAGGCCGCCGACGCCUUUCUUUCUCUUCAUGUCGGAGUUCAGGCAAGAAUACAAGAAAGCGAACCCCGACGUCAAGGGUGUCGGUGCCGUCGCCAAGGCUGGCGGAGAGAAAUGGAAGAGCAUGACGGACAAUGACAAGAAAGCCUACACGAACAAGGCCGCGUUGCUGAAAGCCGCGUACGCGAAGGAUCUCGCAGAGUACGAGGAGACCCAGACUGCCGAAGGAUCUGGAGAGACGAAAUCGGAGAUGACAGAGGAUGCCGAUCAGAGCACGCUGGACGACAUGUAAACAGAAUGAGCUAGUAGACUACCUGUACACUGUGCAUAGCUAGCUAGUAGCUCGCAACGAUGUCGCAGUUUGUGUAAACAUUUCUCGUUUACUUGCUCAAUUUCACGAGUAAGAAAAUUUUCCUUACCACUUA